AUGUAUAUAAAUAUAUAUUUAUUUUUUUCUAUUUUUUAAAUUUUCUAUAAUAUUUAUUUUGGAAAUAAAAUAGAUAAAUAUAAUAAAAAUUUAUUUUCUAAUUAAUUAUAAUUAUUAUCAAAAAUAUUUAUAUUUAUUUUUAUAUUAUUAUUUAUUUAUUUUAUUUUUUAUUUUUUUUAUUUUAUAUUUUUUUUAUAAAACUUUUUUUAUUUAUUUUAUAUUAUAUUUAAAUAUUUAUAAAUUAUUUAUAAUUAUAUAUUUAUAUAUUUAUCUUUUUAUAUAUUUAUAUAUUUAUAAUUUAUUAUAUUAUUUUUUUUAUAUAUAAAAAUAAAUUUAAUAUUGAUAUUUUUAAUAUAUAUAAUCAUUUUAAUUAAUAUAUAUUCUUAUAUAUAUUUAUAUAUAUUAGAUUAUUUUUUAAUUAUAUUACCAACAUAUUUUAAAUAAUUUAAAUAUUAAAAAGAUAUAUAUAUAUAUAUAUAUAAAUUUAAUAACAUAUGA